AUUCCGCGAUAACCUACUUGCUGGUAUUUAUCUCGCUUAGCCUUUCGUGCUCCGGCUAUUUAUUGUCAUACAAUUUAUUAUAUUAUUGCAUUAUUGUCAAUGUUUGAAUUAUGAUACAUAUUUUUUGAGACGAAUUUUAAAUAGGCUUUCUAGAAUUUAUCAGAAGGGAUUAUCGAUUUGAGGACUUAGCGAAAGUAUACUGAAACCACGGCAUGACAAACACUGGAGGUAAAGUAAUCGCCAAUCUGCGACAAAAAUUCGUGUCGCCAAAGGUGUUGCGAUGGUUCCCUGGGCAUAUGACGAAAGGUCUAAGACAGAUGCAGCAGCGAUUGAAAAAUAUCGAUUGCAUCCUAGAAGUUCACGAUGCUCGGGUACCAAUCUCCGGACGUUAUGCAGACUUUAGCAGAACUUUGACCGGCUUGAAACCACAUAUACUUGUACUAAGCAAAAAAGAUUUAGCUGAUACGACAUGCACAGACAGUAUAGUUUCUAUGUUGAACAGAGAAGGACUGUUCAACAUAAUCUUUACAAACCUGAAAAAUCAACAUUGCAAAGGCAUGAAGCAGAUUUUGCCUCUAGCCAAGAAGUUGAUAUUAAAUUCACAACGUUACAAUAGAAUGAAAGAAGAGUCUUACUCCAUGAUGGUCAUUGGUGUACCCAAUGUUGGAAAAUCCUCUCUGAUUAAUUGUUUGAGAAACAAUCAUCUUCGUCUUUCGGGCAAAGCUACUCCUGUUGGUGCAACGGCUGGUAUCACUCGAGCCGUAAUGACUCAUAUAAAAAUAUCAGAGGAACCUGUAGUAUAUCUAAUUGAUACUCCAGCAAAAAUGUUUGCGAGGGUAACGUUUUAUCCAACCUUGCUUUAUAACAUUGUUAUGGAAAAAAUUACGACUCGGAAUUGGUACGAUAGAAUAGACGAGACUGUUAUAUUGGGCGCCUUACCACUUCGACGAACAACUAAACAGUUGAUAGACAAUGAAAAUAUAAAAGCUGUUGUGUCUAUGAAUGAAGAUUAUGAAUUGUCUUUAGUAUCAAACGCGGAAAAGGAAUGGCGCAGGUAUAACAUAGAAUUUUUACAGUUGUCUACAAUAGACAUCUUUCAAGCACCUUCGCAGGAAAAAUUACAGGACGGUGUAAAUUUUAUUAAUAAAUUUCGCAAUGUAUCAGAAAAAAAAUUAGAUAAUCCAGGUUACGACAAUAAUCACAACCAAUAUGGCACAGUUUAUGUUCAUUGUAAAGCAGGAAGAACAAGAAGUGCAACAUUGGUCGCGUGCUAUUUAAUAACAAAAAAUAAUUGGACUCCUGAAGAAGCGGUUAAUUACAUGCGAACGAAGAGACCACAUAUAUUGCUUCAUACAGCACAAUGGUCUGCGUUGAAGCAAUUUUAUGCGAAACAUGUACAAUGUCCUAACUAAAACUUUUUUAUAUAUUUGUUGAUGUUACUUUAUAACAAAUGAAAAGUAUAUAUA